CCAUUGCCAUCUACCACAAAAUAGUUUUGGCAUUCCGAAACAAGCAAUGAGUGACGCUUUCUAAGUUUCAUUGAAAGGCCAAUAUACAUUGGGUGUUGAUCAGUUGUAGGGAAUUCUACGGACACCUUAGGAGAAUUAGUUUGCUUGUAGUUUGUCAGGAAAAAAACUUGAAUCAGAAAAGCGAAGAGUCACGAAACCUUCAGGUAGGCGCUAAUUUGUAGCAUCGGAUGAUCUGAGUAUUAAUAAAGAGGCCACGCAAAAUGAUGUCAUUUCUUGUGCACAAUCUUUACCUUUUGGCUGUACUAAUGGUCCAAGUUUAUGGAAACGACCCAAAUUAUCGCAACAUAUUCUACCAAACAACAAAAGAAGUUCAAAAUGAGGAUCUCUCAAAUAUUCAAGGAGAAGUCCCCCAUUGGAUUGAUGGAGAUUUCGUUCGACAAAAUUGUGCCUCGUACGGUGAUAUUGAUGGACCACAAAAUGACUGGAUACCACACAUGUUUGACUGCAUUUCGAUGGUCGGACGCUAUGAGUUCAAAGGUGGAAAAGUAAGAUACUCUAAUAGAUUUUAUGACACGAAGGAAACACGCAUUUGGAAACACUACAAUUACAGUAUAGCAAAGUCCAAAGUUGGUUGGAAUACAUUAUUUUCUCCAAUAGAUCUGUCUGCUUACGUUAAAAACACGAGGAUUCAAUACAACGAGACAUUGUGGCCCACGCCAAACGUUAAUUUCUGGCAGUCCCGACUUGAAGAUCCAGUUUUUGCAAUGACCGAAUCAAUAUACAGUGCAGCGGAACUGAAGGUCACGCCAGAACUGGAGGUGCUCGGUAACUAUCGAAGGAAGUUUAACGAUAAAGGAUUUCCAAGCAGGUCUACUCACGACUUGAUUAUAAGUCCUGCGCAUGAACAGCGGGAAAAGGAUGGAACAAUCUGGCAUUCAACUAUUGACAUUGAAAGAGCCUCUCCGACAAAGUUUGAUGACUUAGAAGCAGCCAUUAUUGUUUACAAAAUGAAAGGUUCUAACCGCACUGUAACAGGUCGUCAUGUCCUUGGAAAAUACAAUCUCACAAAAUGUCGUCUAGGACUGGGUCUAGAUGACAUAAAUAUCAUGCCAGGGUAUCAUCACUACAUGGAAACAACAAGCAAUUACAUAAUAGUCCCAAUGUCUUCCUAUCUCUUUGACUACUGUCAACACUAUGCAAAUAUAAGAAAACUAAUGGGCGUUUUCCCGCGCUCAUUCAAAUUCUACCCAAACUUCAACUCGAGCCUUCUUCUUUUUGAUCGAAGCAACAUGUCAAAUGUGCACAGAGUAUUUCUUCCAUUCGCAAGGCUUUUUACUCACAGCCUCAAUGCUUUUGAAGAUGGCGAUUACCUCUACCUAGAUACCAUGUCCUACCGUGACCCAGACCUCUACAUCAAAACUUUUUCACUCUACGAGGCCAUGAAUGGCUACAACUGGAGCACAUCUUUCAUUCGCAUUGCCAUUAACAAGAAUACAUGGUCUUAUGAUCCUUCUUUGAGUGGCUCUCUCACUCAAACUGAGCCUUAUGGAAAAGCAGAAUUCACACAGAUAAAUUACGAUAAAUUUCAUAACAAAGACUACACAUACACUUAUUUCCUGAGCAACCCGGUAAAUCCAGAACCUCGCAUUGCUAAACUUAACGUGAAGACAAAAAAUAUAACUUACUGGGUUCCACCAGUUGGGUAUUAUCCGCAAGAGCCUGUAUUUCUGCAACCGGACGACGCGGUGGGUGAAGAUGAAGGCGUAAUUUUAUGCUCUGGCCCUGUAUCUGAUACAGUACCAUCUUCAAGCUUCCUGGCUGUUCUCAAUGCAACGGACAUGAAGCUUAUUGCAAUGGUGAAGAAUCCCAAUUCUGGCUUAAUAAGUCUUCACAACAGAUUUUACAAGUCACGUGUCCCAGCAACUAAAGCGCCAGCAACAACAGUUGCAGCCAAGCCAACAACAGGCCAGCCGUCAUCUGGAGUUUCUCUUUCUAUAGUACAGGGCAUCUGGAUUGUUGCUGCUUAUAAACUUUUACAGUUUUUGUUUUAAUCGAACUUUUUGAAAACACAUAAACAAUUUGUUCUUUUUUUAUAGCUUUUAUUGUUUGGUUUGCUAACAUUAUAAGAGGUAGCUUUAGUUUUUUUUUCAUCAAUUUUUGCUUGCUUCAAUGUUAUAUUUUGAAUUUUGUUAACGCUGGUUUGCAAAGAAGAGAAGCAGCUUUUUUUAGCAAAAUCAAAUGUUGAGAAUUGUUUCUCUUUAUUACAUGGGCAAAGACAAUAAAUGAUUUGAGCCAAUUCCCAAA